AUGGUGGGGUUCCUCGGUUCGUUUUGCUUCCGUCUGCUGUCGCUUUACGUGCUGCUGGACUCGCAGCUCGGAGCCGGAGCCCCCGUUUUCCAGGGUUUUUAUCUCCCACCUGCGAACGGAUCGCAGUUCUCGCCAGCCCGCAGGACGGAUGGGGUGGUUCGGACUAUAGAUCGGAUUUAUAACGGAGGAGGGAAAGCGGGAUACCUCGUCUACCUGGACGGAACUCGAUUCCAGCUGGACAUGGAGCGCGACGGAUCGCUUCUGUCGCAUCGCUCGGGCUCGGAGUCCGUCCUCGCCGCCAUCGGAGCCGGUUCUGGCUUUCUGCAGCGGGACUGCGUCUACCGGGGGACGGUCGACACCGAGCCGGAGUCGCUGGCCGUCUUCAACCUGUGCGGCGGAGGUCUGGAGGGAUUCUUCGCCGUGCGCGGCGUCCGUUACUCGAUCACGCCGAUCGUGCGUGCCAAGGGACGAGAGCGCGACGCGCGCACGCUCCAGGACCAGGACGCCGAACACGCCCUCCACGUGUUCACGCGCGAGCGCUUCAGUUUUGAAGCCCAGCGGGAUUUCGGCGAGAGCUGCGGGACGCCGGAGCGGCGCAAGAGAUGGCGGAGACGCAGAGUCGGGACCGCCGAGUCGGACACGAACGCGCGCGGGAAGAGGUCGGUCUCCAGGGCGAGACACGUGGAGCUGCUUCUGGUAGCGGACCAGACCAUGAGCAAGAAGUACGGGAAGGACUUGAACCACUAUCUUCUGACGUUGGCUUCCAUCGCGUCCAAGUUGUACGGGCACGCCAGCAUCGAGAACCCCAUCCGGUUAUCCGUGGUUAAAGUCACCACGCUCGGCGAGAAAGAUAAAGGAUUGGACGUGUCCAAGAACGCGGCGACGACUCUCAAGAGCUUCUGCAAGUGGCAGAACCAGCAAAACCCGCUGGAUGACGACCACCAGCACCACCACGACGCCGCCAUCCUCUUCACUAGGCAGGACCUUUGCGGCCAUCACUCCUGUGACACCCUAGGAAUGGCAGACGUCGGCACGAUCUGCUCUCCGGAGAGAAGCUGCGCUGUCAUCGAGGACGACGGCCUUCACGCGGCCUUCACGGUGGCUCACGAGAUCGGCCACUUGCUGGGUUUGUCCCACGACGACUCCAAGUUCUGCGAGGAACGCUUUGGCGUCAACAGCGACAAGAGGCUCAUGUCUUCCAUCCUGACCUCCAUCGAUGCGUCCAAACCUUGGAGCCGCUGCACCUCCGCCACCAUUACAGACUUCUUUGAUGAUGGCAACGCCGAGUGUCUUCUGGACUCACCGCGUCAGCCCCUGUUGGGUCCCGAGGAGCUACCGGGUCAAAGCUACGACGCCGUGCGGCAGUGCCGCCUGGCUUUCGGCCCAGAAUACACCGUCUGCCCCGGGAUGGACGUCUGCUCUCGUCUGUGGUGCGCGGUCAUCCGCCAGGGACAGAUGGUCUGUCUGACCAAGAAACUACCGGCUGUGGAGGGAACCCCCUGCGGGAAGGGACGCAUCUGCCUGCAGGGGAAGUGUGUGGACAAAACGCGCAAGAGACAUUACUCGUCAUCCAACCAUGGCAGUUGGAGCUCCUGGGGUUCUUGGGGGUCGUGCACCAGAACGUGUGGGGGUGGAGUGCAGUUCGCCCAGCGCUUGUGCAACAACCCGCCGCCACGGAAUAACGGCCGUUACUGCACAGGGAAGAGAGCCAUCUAUCGCUCCUGCAACGUUACGCCAUGCCCACCGUCCAAUAAGAGUUUCCGUCAGGAGCAAUGCGAGGUGCGAAAUGGUCCUCAAACGGAUCCGAAAGGCGUGAAAACGUUUGUGGAGUGGGUGCCCAAAUAUGCCGGAGUUCUCCCCAAAGAUGUUUGCAAACUCACCUGCAGAGCUAAAGGAACUGGUUACUACGUAGUCUUCUCGCACAGGGUGAUAGACGGGACAGAGUGCCGUCCUUACAGCAGUUCGGUCUGCGUGAAGGGCAAGUGCGUACGAACGGGCUGCGAUGGCAUUAUCGGGUCCAAGCUUCAGUUCGACAAGUGCGGCAUAUGCGGAGGCGACAACACGGGAUGUGUCCGGGUGGUGGGCAACUUUACCAAGAAAAGUAAGGGCUACACCGAUGUGGUGAAGAUCCCCGCAGGCUCCACUCACAUCAAGGUCCGUCAACACAAGGCCAAAGACCAGAGCCGCUUCAGCGCCUACCUGGCCCUCCGAAGACCGAGCGGGGAUUACCUCCUCAACGGCAAGUUCAUGAUCUCCACCUCUGAGACCAUCGUUCCGUUCAACGGCUCUGUGCUUAACUACAGCGGCUGGAGUCAAAGGGAUGAGUGGCUCCACGGCAUGGGCCCCGGGGCCCUCAGAGAAGCUUUGGUAGUCCAGAUCCUUGCAACAGAUGUUAAAAAGCCCCUAGAUGUCCGUUACAGUUUCUUCAUGCCGCGCAGGACGGCUCCUCAACAUUCGCCGCCUAGUUUGAAUUUAGCCCGUUUGCAGGCUACGACGACUGUCGCGAUAGGAACCACUAGCGGUGGCAGCACUACGACAUCCUCACCCACUCCUACUAUCCUAGUCCCUGCGCCAACUACAGCCACCGGAUUGUCGACACCGCCGCCCGGGCCCCAAUGGGUGACGGGAGCAUGGAUGACCUGCUCUAGAACUUGUGACGCCGGUUGGCAGAGCAGGACAGUUCAAUGUAAGGCCCUGGGUGGGAAACUGUCCAAAGGAUGUUUAUUGAGUUCCCGACCCUCUGCUUUUAAACACUGUCUUGUGAGAAAUUGCUGA